GUCCCUGCCCUCCUGACAGCGUAGUUAAAGCUCCACCGCGGCACGCCACUCAGUAUGGUGCUGCUGCACACUGGGAUUCAUCUACUGUAGGCAAAUACAGAACAGAGAGGCACCUGUGUGUGUGUGACAGUGUGUGACAGUGUUUGUGUGUGAGCUCAACAGCAUCAUGGAUACAGAAUACUCAAAGAGAGUGUACCAAGGCGUUCGAGUCAAGCACACAGUCAAGGACCUGCUGGCGGAGAAGCGAUCCCGACAAACACCCGGGCCCAGAUACAACGGAGGAUCACCCUCUCCGCCGUCUUUCGUCCAGAUGCCAGGGUCUCACAUGCUGCCCAGUUAUUACGGCAUGAGGCGCUCCUUCAUCUCGGACUCAGACUUCUGCCCGUCCACUAAGCAGUUCUCCCCUGAUGUGUACUCCCCCUCGCUGGGGGGUAAGCCCCUGGGCUGCGAGCCCUCCUCCAUGAGCAGCUACUCCUCCUUCAUCGACAGCUACUACCCGGAGACCUUCGGGGAUUACCGCAGCGCCGCCGCCUUCUCCAGCUCCGGAGGCUCCUUCCUGCCCUCCUCCGCCCUCUCAUCCCUGCUGCCGCCCUUCACUGGAGAGUCCUCACACUUAUUUCUGAGGGACUCAUGGGAGCAGUCUGUCCCUGAGCCGGUCUCCCAGGUGGAGGCUCUGUGUCCGGACAGCCUGGCCUCCGUCAGCGUGCCGCCCUCCAUGCCCAGCCCGGACCCCCCGGGGAGCCCGUCCCAGUACCGCUCCCCCAGCCGAGGCUCCUCCAUGGGCCAAGUCUCCAGCAGCCAGCCCUACACCCUGCACUCCCUGGAGGAAGCCCACUACCACCCCCUGACCACCAGCAGCACCUACACGGUCCCCAACAGCUCCUUCCCCUGCCCCUCCUACAUGGGCGUCCCCAUCAGCGACCUGGUGUCAAAGAUGGUGACGGACGAGGCCUCCAGCCUCCCCCCCAACGGAGAGGCGCACUCCUCCUGGGCCAAAGAGGACGGAGUGAGCUCCUGGUCGCCAUACGAGAUCAGGAGGGCCUACUGACCGCAGGAGGGUCUCCAUCUCUAACAAGAUGGAGGUCUCACAGACUAUUGAACACUGAACAAGCACUUGACAGAACAGAGAAGACUCAAACAUCUGUAAAAGUGUGAUUUGAAGACAAUUUCCGCCAUGUACAAAGAAAGGAUUCAAGUUUUGUUAGUGAAGUAGCAUAGUUUGACCAAAGUGAAAUGUAUACUUAUUUGUAAAAAACUAAAUCAAAAGCACAUGUGUGUCCUUUUUGCUUGAUUUGUAACACACCUAUAAGCCUUAAAAUAAAAAUUAAAUAAACAAUAUAUGAAGUUAACCAAUUUGUGCCAAAACAAGAGCAAUAAGAAUGAUAAGAAGAGAAAAUGCCACACAUAUUUUUCUGAUCACGUGAAAAAUUGAAUUUGUAUCAAGGAAUGAAGAAAAGCGCUAACAUUGUGUUUGUUAAAUCUUUUCAUAUACAUUUGUUUACACUGAACAUGUGUACAUAUCUUUGAUUUUUAACUUAUGGGGUUUCAGAUACCAAAAACAUGAUUUACUUUAUUGUAGUUUCUAAGAUAUGGACAUUUUCUUUGCACAUUUUAGUCUUUUUAGACUUCUGUCCCUAAAAUAUAAUGAAGGUUGUAACGUCCAGUUUCUGGUCAUCUCAGAUGUGCAAUAGCAUUCAAAAUCACCAUACAGUACAAACAACUAAUAACUGGUUUAUAACACACUAUUACUAACUACACUGAAGUUGUAAUUACAUGUGAGGAAAUGUGUUGGUGUUUAAUUUUGUUUUGGUUGACACCUAUGAUUGAAAAAGGACAGAGUAUCCUGCCAUAAAAUAUCAUUGAUGUUGAAAAGAUAACAGAAAUUAAAACACAUUGGAUGCUAACAUUCUUUCACACAUUUUAUUACAAUGUACAACAAAAACCUUUAAUGUAAAAAUGAUUUGUUCUUCUAAAGAUUGUUUGAUGAAUACAGUCAGCACUGUUUGAUGUAUAAAAUAUACUUUUCACUUAUGUGAGCUCCAUAUUUUUUACCCCAUUGUGUUGGAAAUCAUUUUAGAUUUGAACUUCUCAUUUACUUUACAGUUAAUCACGAAUAAAAUAAGAUUUAUAAUG